AUGGGUACACUCACUAGCAUUGUAAAUUUAUUCAAGUUUACCACCUAUAACUUAUGUUCUUGUAGUGUAUUACAUGAAUUAAAAUCUAAGAAUUAUUUUAUCGAAAGUGAAAAAAAGUGUAAAAUACAGAAAGUAAGCCCUGAUAACAAGGGGGUAAUAAACGAUGACUUUCAAUUGAGUAAUUUUACAUUUGUAUGUGUAAAAUAUCAGCUGAGUGUGUAUUUUCACAAAACCGUGCGCGGCUGUGACCAUUUAGUAGCGACUAGCCGCAAACACAAUAUCAACCACGUUCUGCGGAAAUCAAUACAUGACUCUUCGUGUAUGAAAAGAUAUACUUUUAUUACUCUAAAUAUCACGUCUUGGCGUUAG